AUGGCGGCCGCCGUAGGCAGGAUUUGUGGGGCACGACUUUUGCAAAAAUAUGGGAUAGUGGCUCCCCAGAUUUGUCAGCUGUCCACUAAUGCUCAGGCAUGGACUAAGAGUCGGAAAUUGUGGUUGACCACAUUAGGUGUGGGCGCAGGAGGUGUCGGAGCCUUACUGUUUGCAUUGGAACAGUCGGUACAGGCUUCGGGCUCUGAAGCACAUCCCUAUCAUCAGCCGUGGAGCCACAAUGGAUGGUUCCAAUCUCUUGAUCAUGCCAGUAUUCGCCGUGGUUAUGAAGUUUACAAGCAAGUAUGCAAGGCUUGCCACUCUUUACAGUACAUUGCCUACCGUAACUUAGUAAAUGUGAGCCAUACUGAGGAAGAGGCAAAGGCAGAAGCUGCUGAGGUCAUGAUUAAGGAUGGUCCUGAUGAAGAAGGCAACUACUUUGAACGUCCCGGAAAACUAUCUGACUACUUCCCAUCACCAUACCCCAACGAAAAUGCAGCUCGAGCUGCUAACAAUGGUGCCUACCCUCCGGACUUAUCCCUGAUAGUGUCUGGUCGUAAGGGCGGCGAGGAUUACAUCUUCGCCCUGCUAACGGGUUACAUGGAAGCACCCGCUGGUGUUGUACUGCGUGAGGGGCAGAACUACAACCCAUACUUCCCCGGCGGUGCCAUUUCUAUGGCACAAGUUUUGUUCGAUGAGGCUGCGGAAUACAGUGAUGGUACUCCAGCAACGGCUUCUCAGUUGGCAAAGGACGUAGCAACAUUCUUACGUUGGUGUUCCGAACCUGAGUUAGACGAGCGCCGUCUCAUGACUAUCAAGGCCAUUGGAAUAUUCUCCUUCCUAGCCGCCAUAGUGUACUAUUACAAACGGCACAAGUGGUCCACAAUGAAGUCCCGCAAACUAGCCUACAAAGCGGUAUCUAAGAAGUAA